AUGGGAAAGAUCAUUUUUUAUGAAGACAAAAACUUCCAAGGUCGCUCCUAUGAGUGCAGCGCUGACAACACAGAUCUUCAUUCCCAUUUCAGCCGCUGCAACUCUAUCAAAGUGGAAAAUGGAAACUGGAUGGUGUAUGAACGUGCCAACAACCAGGGGCACCAGUACUUCUUAAGAAAAGGAGAAUAUCCUGAUUUUAAGCACUGGAUGGGGUUCAAUGACUCAAUCUGUUCUUGUCGUAUCAUUCCUCAGCAUCGUGGAAAUUUCCGCAUUAGAAUCUAUGAGAGAGAAGACUUUAGGGGCCACACAGAAGAAUUCACAAAAGAUUGCCCACAAGUUUAUGAAGAAUUUAAAUACAAUGACAUCAAUUCCUGCAAUGUGCUUGAGGGACACUGGAUCUUCUAUGAAUUGCCCACUUUUCGAGGUCACCAGUAUUACCUGAGACCUGGAGAGUACAGGAGAUAUUCUGAUUGGGGUGCUGUGAGCCCAAAGGUUGGAUCAUUUAGAAGAGUUCAGGAUCUGUAUUAA